GUACUACCGUAUGUUCGUUUGAAAUAAGAACUAGAAGAAUUCGAAUAUAAAAAGAAAUUCCGAUGUCGAUCUAGGAUUUUGAUAAGGGGGCCUUCAGGCCCAAAAACUAGGCAACAUUUUGAAAUGAACAGGUAAAAAGUCCGAAUUAACAAUUAAUGUAGCUCCAUAAGCCCCCCUCUAAAUCCGCCUCUGAAAUUGCACGUAAAACAUGUGUAAAAUACUACAAUUUAUUUAUACUUCACAAAAAUAAACAUACAAUAUCGAUUACUUCCCUUUAAAUAACAGUUGUAGGCUAAUUUACAUCCUGAUAAUCGACGAUGAAAGAGAAGAAGAAAUUAGACAGAUAAUUCAGGUAUGAUUAUUUUACAAUCAGGCUCAUGGAUGAGACCAGACUUUUUGUUGCUGCUAUAGACUUUGGGACAACCUAUUCUGGAUUUGCCUUUUCGGCCAGAGGGGACACGACUAUAUACACAUGCGAAUGGAGAAACAACGACUUAACAUCGAUGAAAACACCGACAUCAGUACUACUUGAUAAUGAACAGAAACUAAAAGCAUUUGGGUAUGAUGCAGACAACAAAUAUAUAACAUCUAUUGUUCCUGACGAAGAAAUGGAUGAAUACUAUUAUUUCCGGCGGUUUAAGAUGACACUUCAUAACGAGAGAAUUACACUUGAUACUAUGUUAACAGAAGAGCGUGGUAAGCAGAUGAAAGCUCUUGAGAUAUUUUGUAUUGCUAUAAAAUACCUUAAAGAACAGAUGAUCAAGAAGCUAAACAGUAAAUUCCUGACAAUGAAAGUAGAUAUCAAAGAUGAAGAUAUUCAAUAUGUGUUGACUGUACCUGCGAUAUGGGCAGAUCAGUCCAAAUUAUUCAUGAGAAAAGCUGCAGAGAAGGCAGACAUAGAUAAGGACCAAUUGAAAUUGGCAUUGGAACCGGAAGUAGCUUCUAUAUAUUGCCAGGAACUUAGACUAGACGUUGAGAAAGAAGCCAACAGAUUCCUGCAGACGAUCAAACCUGGAAUGAAGUUUAUGGUCAUAGAUUUAGGAGGUGGUACAGCGGAUAUCACGUUACACCAACAACAACAUGAUGAAACACUAGAAGAAGUUGUUCCGCCUAGUGGUGGUCCUUGGGGAGGGACCUCGGUAGAUAACGCCUAUAUAGAAUUUUUAAAGGAGGUUUUUGGCGCGGAAGUUGUUGAAGGGUUGAGAAAAGAAGAUUUAGAAGACUAUUUUCAUCUGUUGCAUGAAUUUGAAAUAAAAAAGCGAUCAAUAACAACAAAAUCAGCAACAAACAUUGUUAUAACAAUGCCUGUUGGCUUAAUGGAUCUUGUUAAAAAACACAAAGGGAACAUGAAUAAUCAAAUCAAAAGGACAAAAUAUAAAGACACGGUCUCGGUUGAAGGACAAAAAAUACACAUUAAACCCAACACUUUCAGAAACCUCUUCAAAGAGACAAUAGAUGAGUUAUUAAAUCAUCUCCACGAACUCUUUGCAGAUCCGCUCCUAUCAAAUCUAAAAAAUGUUGUUAUGGUCGGUGGUUUUUCAGAAUGCGAACUGGUGCAGAUGGCUGUUAGAAAUAAGUUUGGAGAAAAUAGAAAAAUUAUAAUUCCAGAUGAAUCAGGACUUGCCGUUUUAAAAGGAGCCGUCUUAUUUGGUCGACAGAAAAAGAAAAUAACUAAAAGAAUUUUGAAGAAAACUUAUGGGAUUCAAAGCUGGCCUGAAUGGGAUCCAGAUAUUCAUCCGGAAACAAAGAAGAUCCGAAUGGGCGGAACCGAUCGGUGUAAAGAUGUUUUCUUCAAAUUUGCAUCUAUUCGCGAUAAAGUUGAAGAAGGCCACACCUCCUCACAGAUAUUCCAAGCAUUAAAUCCGAAUGAGAAGACUCUCGAAUGUGCGAUCUACACUUCGACUGAUCCGAAUCCAAGAUACGUUACCGAUCCGACAUGUCAACGUCUUGGUAAUUUAAUCGUAGAUUUGCCAAAGCUCAAAGAAGGCGAAACUUUGGAAAUUGAAGAAACACUUGUUUUCGGUGGUACUGAAUUAUUAUUCAGGGCUAAAAAUUUAAAAACCGGUCGAGUGUUCGAGACACAACUAGACUUUUAAUGGCAUAUUCAUUUGUACUAAUGUUAACAUACGAAGUGAUAUAUGAUUGAAUUUUUUUCUGCUUGAAAUUUUUAUAAAUACUUUAUCGUAGUG